AUGUUGAAGAGUCAGUUGUGUUGUUGUUGUUGUUCAGAUAAGAAGUGUUUGGAUGCGAACAGCGAGAGUCCGGCCGACUCAAAGCUGACCUCAGUCCAGUUCCACCCGUCAGCUCAGAUCCUGAUGACCAGCUCUCUGGACCACUCCAUAUCUCUGUUCCAGGUGGAUGGCAAGACCAACGCCAAGAUCCAGACCAUCCACCUGGAGAAGUUCCCGGUGAACAAGGCGGCGUUCAGCGCCGACGGCGAGCAGAUCGUGGCCGCCGGCUGGAGGAACAAGCUCUUCUACAUCUACGACAUGGUGGAGGGCAGAGUCAUCCCCGUGUUUCCCCUGACCUCGGUGUGUGUGUGUGUGUGUGUGUCAGGUCUGAAUGAGCAGAAGGUGUCAGACUUCCAGGUUUCUCCCGAUGGGAAGUUUCUUCUGCUGUUCGGAUCCUCCGGGUUUCUGCAUCUCAUGAGCUCAAAGACCAGGGAGGUGGUGCGCAGCAUGAAGCUGAACGGGACGGUGUGCGCAGCCGCCUUCACUGCAGACGCCAGCAAGAUCUUCGCCAACUCCGAGGAAGGCGAGGUGUUCGUCUGGGACGUCCAGAGCAGCAAGUGUGUGAAGAGGUUUGAAGACGACGGUUGUGUGAGAGGAACAUCACUAGCGCUCUCUCGAGACGGCUCGUAUCUGGCCUGUGGCUCUCAGGCCGGGGUGGUGAACAUCUACUCUCAGCGGGACUGUCUGCUGGAGCUCGAGCCCAAGCCGCAGAAGGCCGUCCUGAACCUGCUGACGCCGGCGACGUCUCUGAGCUUCAACAGCAGCGCCGAGAUCCUGGCCAUCGGCUCGCGGCACGCGGACGAGGCCAACCGACUGGUGCACCUGCCCAGUUUCACAGUGUUCUCCAAUUUCCCACAAUUCCAAAAGAAGACGAUCUUUCAGACCCAGAGUGUGGACUUCUCCCCGAGGAGCGGCUUCUACUCCGUGGCCAACAAUAAAGGCCACGCGCUGCUCUUCAGGCUUCUGCAUUAUCAUGACUUCUGAAGACGGACUCGUUCCCAGCGGACGCACACAUGAUGCCAGUUCUCACCGUUCCAGUUCAAUAAACGUUUGCUUGUGAAUAUGAGACCCGUUA